AUUUCCUUGUUGAGGGUUCGGAUUUUGACGGGUUCUCCACCUCUCAGUGCUUUUGCCCCUUCAACCUUCUCCGUCAUACGCUCAUAACGAGAUAUUUGCGACUUGAAGAGAAACGAAGAAAUCCUAGCAGACAUGGGUAGUGAUACUAACUUCCCCGUGUCCGUCUCGUCUCUUCAUUUCCCCUCCACCACCGAGCGGUUAUCGGUGUCCCAGACGCUAGCCUCGUUGCGACGAUCCGCACUUUCAGUCACCAACCGACUCCGUUCGAUUGAAGCUGACGCUACCUUUGUUACGGAGGUUGCGAGCCACUACGACCUGCCUCUGGUCGCCAACGAAAGAUGUGGCAGCUGGUAUAUCCCGCCUGACUCCAAAACAGGCAGCGCGUAUUUCAAGAGCACUGACGGCCAUACGGGCCAGUGGGAUUUCAGCUUUCGCAGACUAAACCUGCAGAUUCUCCCGAUUGCUCGGGAGCAUGGGGGCUGUAUUAUAGUGGAUUCCACUCGUCGUGGCAAAUUGAUGCCCGAUGCCCUGUCAAAAACUAUUCCUAUCUGGUGUGCCGUUGUGAAUAGGGCACUAUUCCCCUCGGAGACUGCAUAUCAUUCCGUGAAAUUCCCGCCAAACUACCUAGGGAUCUCGGAAGAGUCGCAGAUUGAACAAAGAAUCAACGGCUUUGUCGAUUCGCUCAAGGGUCUUAAACUGGAUUUGGAUGAGCUUAGACAACAACUAGGGAAGCCAAUUCGGCUUGCAUGGGCGAAUCGCUCGUAUUUUCAUCCAACAGACCUCCACAAGGGAAAUGGCUAUAAUCUUUUCGUCCUAUGCUCCGCGUCCAAAAGAGUCCAUGGAGCGGAGAUUUCAGAGGGCGGUUAUAUCCAGGGGGCAGGGGACGAUAGUGAGGGUUGGGCUCACGGUCUAACACCACCAGUUUUCUGGGCUCACAAGUCUACUCUUCUGGCACAAGCUGAGGAAGAUCUACCCGAAGUAAUUGAAGAUUUGCUACAGGAAUACCGCAAACAGGAUGUUGGCCAUCAAGCGACUCUGGUUGCACCAACUCGAAACCUGUAUAUCAGUCAAACGAAUCCGGAUAUUAACGAAAGCGGCCGCUACGAUCUUGUCAUUGAUUGCAAUGGCCGCCCAUCGGCUGUCGAGGAAACCCCGAAACGAUUGAAUCUGGGGUGCGCCUCUUCGAAGCUGGGGGGUCGGGACCUGCGAAACCAUUUGGACAAGGUUCGGGCUUUCAUUAGGUCGCAGUUGGGCUCGGAUCCAUCCCAGUCCCUGCUAGUUACGUGCGAGUCAGGCAAAGAUCUUUCUGCUGGAACCUUGCUGUCUAUUAUCUGCUUGUUCUACAACGAUGCGGGUGAAUUCACUGAGCCGCGCGUGGACCAAGUGAUUGGCAAGCAGUUCAUCCGACAGCGCCUUGCCUGGAUUGUCUCAUCGAAGCACGAUGUGAAUCCUUCCCGGUCCACCCUGCAAUCCGUCAACGCCUUUCUAAUGCAACGGCCAGACUAUUAAACUCUCAGCAUUUGCAUUAUAAUUAUAAUAUCUAGAUAGAGCGAUUUAUUCAUUAACAACAGCUUCCACAAUGGCCCCGACACUUCCCUGAUCCAGUGCAUUUAAGACGGCCAUAUCCUCGUCAGCGAUGUUGAAGUCAAAUACAUCGGCGUUGGCCACAAUGCGCUCC